UGCCGCCUUCUGCACGCGCCGCUGCCUCGCCGGCGCCGCCUCAUCGCCGCAGCCGUCAGCGCUCCUCCGCAGCUGCGCUCCCUUGGGUUCUCUUCCGCCGGAGAGCUAAGUCUCCAACUCUUCCAAGCUGCUGUCGUGUUGAAACUCGCUCCUGGUUUUACCUCUGAGACUGACAUCAAAUGUGCUGACUAGCAACAGAUUACCAAAACACUCAGCGGGAAGAGCUCAUUCCAGAGCGAGGCUCUGCAGAAGGCAGAAGACAUGCACAGCCCAGGUGACAGGACGGGGCUGGAGAGGCGGAAAGAGUCGAGUGCGGCGCCCCUGGCUGGCAGUGGCUGCACUACGCCCGACGAGCCGACGCUUUUGGAUGACCCUUAUCCCUUCGCUCUCGUACUACGGCUUCGUGUCCUCCAGAUCGUGUGCGGCAUCUCCGCGAUGGUGAUGGGCACGGUGACGUUCAUCGAGGAGCAGGGCGCCCUCAACCUUGGCCUCGGCAUCCCCGCAGGGGCGGCCACCGUCGCCGCUGCAGCGGCCAGCAUCCACUCGAGCCGCGGCUUCGGCGGCUACCGUCCCCGCGGCCCGUCCCGCUGCCGCCGCUGCCUGGGGCCGAGCACGCCGGCCGCCGUGCUCUGGGGCUGCGCGUGCGCUCUCCACGCCGCGCUGCUCGUGCAGGCUGCCCGCACCGCCAUCGCGGCCAACAGCGCCGCCGAAGACACCGACCUCACAGUGCUGGCAGCCGUGCUGCUCUGCCUGGCCGCCGGCACGCUGUCCGCCGAGUGCGCGCUGCUGCGAGUCGACUGGCGCUACGACCCCGACUGACCCCUGGAGGCGCUGGCGCCGCACCCGCCAGUGUCUGUCAGCGUCGUGGCGCUGGAGGUCCCCACCGCGGGAGGGCCUGGAUCCGUGGCGCCAGUCGGCACCUCCAAGGUGGCAUGGGCCGUCUGACACCGAGACGAGGGACAGCCCCUCCUGCCCGCGCAGUGCGGGCGGCACGGCUGAGAACCUCUGCCACCAGCGACGCCACAGUGCAUUCUACUACUGCCCCACAUUUUCCGUCGUACCUUCUCUCUCUCUCUGAUGGCGAGCGACUCUUUCUGCGCACCGUCUUCAGCAAUCAGGACAACAUCAGUGUUCUAACGCAAAUGACUUCCCGCUCCAACUUCUAGUGGAAUAUCUGUGAAGUUUAAUGCAACCGAGUGGAGAUAGAAUCUAACGGCGACAAGAUUAAGGGUGGCUGGAACACUAAAUAUAAACCAGUGUCUUUCAUAAAUGAGUUGCGAAAAAUUGCUGGAUCUGAAGUGUUGUUGAAGUACCAAACCUCUAUGUACAAUAAUAGGUCAAAACGUACUGCGCAGUAUACUGUAGCAUUAGUGAAAAUGUAUGUGAAAGUCCUAGCCGAUUAAUCCUUUCGAAACGUGUAUUAGUUUACGGUCAUUUUCAUUCACUGUAUUAUGGCUACAUUUAUUUCCACUUCACGAGUGCACGUUCGUUGACAUUUUGAGAGUGAUCAUUCGAAAACAUUUUGACAAACGAGAGCAAUAGUAAUGUCAAAUCUUUUCCCCAUAUCAUCCUUAUUCAUAGAAACCCUAUGGAACUAGGCCUUUGUGGGGAUUGUGGUUUCACAGAUUGUAUAAGUCCUUUUGUGUUGAGCUGGUAUCUAGCAUUUUUGGGGGUGUAGCUUGAAGCCUCUUAAGACUGGCCUAAGAUAAUCUGCAGCCAUCGCAUGGAUUAACAGUAUCGUUCUUUGGUGAAAAGUCUUCUACCAUCAAGAAAGUACUGUUCGAAGUAAUUAAAAAGGUAGGAUGGAUUUCAGUUGUUUAUUACAGAAAACACUGAAAUGUAGAAACACUUUGCGUACCUCACUGGGUAGAGAAAGGUUCAAAGUCUUAUGAUGGCACAGAGACUAUGCCAGAUACGCAACAUGGGUGCCGUAAAUAGCUCGAGAAACAUCAAAACGUUAGUCCAUUACAUGUCAACAGGACCCUGUUUAUUUAAUUGACAACUACAAGAAUUCGGUUUCUCAGCUCUUGAAGAGUAGCUGCCACACGUGGGACAAAUACUCUGCCAUUUACGUACACUCACAGAAAAUUUGCAAGAAUGAGGGUCGGGGACCUUGGAGCCCAUUAGCAAUGAACAACACCUUGUUGUCCAUUUCUUGCAGUCCAACAUUGUGGAAUGGUGUUAUUAAGAUAACUCCGCACCACAAGCUCAGAGUGUGGUGGGGCAGCGCCUUGCAUAAAAACGAGAUCAUUGGAAUAUGUGUGAAACUGAGGAAACAACAAAUUUUGCAGCAUACCCAGUUAUUCCUGUCACAGUUUCCUCCGCAAGAAAGAAAGUUUGGUAAGCUUUGUGAACAGAAACUACACAAAAAACUUCACGGUUUGAAGUGUCUCAUGUUCGACAACGACCCAGGAUUUAGUGAUACCCCAAUUCUUACAUUAUGCCGGUUUACUUUACCCGAUGGAUGAAACUUCGAUUCGUCCGAAAAGACGAGUCGUUCGGUAUAAGUGUCCUCUGCCGAAUCCUUGAGAACUGAAAUGCAAAAUUUAUACUUUCUGUCACGGACGCCAUUUCUGCAGCAACUGCUAUUUGUAAGGCUUCACGUGCGGGCGUCGUUUCGGAACACGCCACACCGUUGUUUGAGGAAGUUGAAGUUCCUGACCUGCCAGUCUUGUGGACUUCCGAGGGCUCCGCGUGAACGCAUACGCUCGACGUUUCCAUCAGCAGUGCGUGACGUAAAAGUUCUCUUCCCUUUGCAUGUGCAGCCAAACUCCAAGCAUUUUGUAUGCCGGCCAUAAUUCUGCUUGUGCAGAGUCGGCCACUUGUUGAAUCGACGGCGGCAUGCACGUUGCAUUUGAACAAUGGCUUCACUUCACGCAAGUUUCAGCACAUGAAGUAAUUUCUCUUGUGGUAUGGUCACCUUUCCGCUACAAACGAACAACAGCGCAACUGUUUCAGAACUUGAUCUACGUAGUGACAUGCGCGAUGUGUUUCUUGUCUUUUACUGUUUAUCUAUAAUAAACUGAAAUCUGUCCUUUCUUUUUCAGUCAGUCUGUGUAUUAAUCGUCUACAGUUCCAAAAUAAUGUCACCAGCGAUCUGCUGUGUGACCUGGCACAUCGCUACUCUUUUCGAGAAAGAGAUACUAACUGUGGUAUCCAAUUAGGACUAAAAAUAAACUGUCAAGUAUGGUCACACGGUAAUAAUUCCUCAUAGUCUACCCUAAUAUUCUAGUGUGACCCUGCGUGUCUGGAAUUGGAAAGGUGGUAGAGCUGAAUAAUGAUCGGACUUCGGAAUACUUAAGUCUGCCUGUAACAUAGCCUUCACCUCUCAAUUCUGGAAAUUCGUGAGGAAUUACACGUGCUUCGGACUGCACGUGAAAUUUUCGGUACCCUUUCCAGGUAGAAUUUCCGGGUUAGUUUGCUGACACGCGAGUCACCGAAGUGACGUCCAACCGAAGAACUAACACUGGGUCGUUGAUCAACACGGUAUUGUUAUCAUUCCAUGAAAGCAUUGAGCACCAUUUCUAAGAAAGCCUUGAAUAAGAUAUUUAUGUACCGUCUUCUUCAUUUGCAGUGUAUUGCCCUAUCGAGCACAGUUUUUCUGUGAACUCAUAGAUUAACAUCAAGACACAUUAUUUUUCUUGUUCCAUUAUCAUCUGUCUCACGGCCAGGAAUUUGUCUUUUGGAAGGAAUUCAAUAAAGCUUGACUGGUUUUAUGAAAAUGACUGCAGCAGUGUUCUACUCAAUGGAAUGUCUCUGGUACUGAAUGAAGCAAUCAGUAUAUCGAAUGUGGCGUCGUAAGAGACAACUUCUGUUCCAUAUGUUGUUUCGCAGACUGGCAGCAGUUUACUGUAUGUAAAUGAAACUGAAUUCUUCCCGUUAGUAUGUGAAUGUGGUCGCCAUGGUAGGGUCUCAAGUUAAUAGACCAUGAUGGAAAUUGUACAGUGAAUAUCCUUUACUUAGAACUAGAAAACUUAAUCUCCGUAGUCCUUAUCAUUCCUAAGCGAAAGUGGCUCUUCUAUUACUAUUUUCCUAAACUUUGUACAAGACAAUAUCAUAUAAAUGACACAGAGAUUGUACUGUUUCACUGAAAAUGAUCGGGAAGACAUAUGUCGUUAAUGGGUGUAUGUACGGGAGUGCUUUAUUUGAAGAGAAGUUACUGUCAAAUGUUAAGUGAAGUAAUGUGCGUGACAGUUGACUGGAUUGAAGAAACAAUACAAAAACCUAGUUAGUGGAAGUGUGUGUUUUAUUUUUAGUUCUUUCUAAAGAACUAAUGUAGUGACUAAUAGUUGAUGGGAAUCUGGAACUAACUGUUAUGAUAAAAAAAGAAAUAUGUGUAUAUAUA